UGUCCCCAUCUGGUCCCUGCCGGCAGCAUGGCGCCCUCGGGCUCGGUGGUGGCAGUGGCAGAGAAACAGCCCCCCCUGGACCCUGCCGAGGGCCAGGGGGUCAAGUCCUGGCAGUGCCUGGUGUUCUACCUCUGCUUCUACGGCUUCAUGGCGCAGAUGCGGCCCGGGGAGAGUUUCAUCACCCCCUAUCUCCUGGGGGACAAGAACUUCACCAGAGAGCAGGUCACCAACGAGAUCACGCCGGUGCUGUCCUACUCAUACCUGGCGGUCCUGGUGCCGGUUUUCCUGCUCACCGACUACGUGCGUUACAAGCCGGUGCUGUUGCUGCAGGGCCUGAGCUAUGUGUCCGUGUGGUUGCUGCUGCUGUUCGGCCACACAGUGCUGCACAUGCAGUUCAUGGAGUUCUUCUACAGCCUCACCAUGGCUGCCCGCAUCGCCUACUCCUCCUACAUCUUCUCCCUGGUGCCCCUGGCCCACUUCCAGCGCAUGGCCAGCUACUCGCGGGCCGCCGUGCUCUUGGGCGUCUUCACCAGCUCUGUGCUGGGCCAGGCGCUCAUCUCUGCGGGCCAGCUCUCCUUCACCAUGCUCAACUACGUCUCCCUAGGCUUCCUCGCCUUCAGCGUGCUGCUCACCCUCUUCCUCAAGCGCCCCAAGCGCAGCCUCUUCUUUAACCGCAGCAUGUCCGCGUACCAUGCCACCACGCCCUCUGAGCUAGACCGCAUGGCUCCGGGUAGCCCUGGCAAGCCCGCAGGUGGCAAGCUCGAGCUCACACUCCUGGCCGCCUGGCAGGACUCGGUGCUUGCCCGCAUGCUCCGGGAGCUGGGUGCCAUCCUGCGGCUGCCACAGCUACGCCUCUGGUCCCUCUGGUGGAUCUUCAACUCGGCCGGCUACUACCUGAUCAUCUACUACACACACAUCCUGUGGAACGUGGUGAACCCCACCAGGGACAGCUCUGCAGUCUACAACGGAGGGGCAGAUGCUGCCUCAACUCUGCUGGGUGCAGUCACCUCCUUUGCUGCAGGCUUUGUGAAGAUCCGCUGGGCCUUGUGGUCCAAGCUGGUCAUCGCAACUGUCACAGUCACCCAGGCUGGCCUCGUCUUCCUCAUGUACAGCACCAGCAACAUCUGGGUCUGCUACGCCACCUUCGUGCUCUUCCGGGGCGCCUACCAGUUCCUGGUGCCCAUUGCAACGUCUCAGAUUGCAUCUUCUCUGUCAAAAGAACUCUGUGCCUUGGUCUUCGGGAUCAACACAUUCCUUGCCACAGUCCUCAAGACCACGAUCACUGUUAUAGUGUCAGAUAAGCGGGGCCUGGGGCUCCCGGUCCACUCACAGUUCCUCGUCUACUUUGGGUACUUCCUCGUGCUGUCCGCGGCCUACUUCUCCGGGGCCGUGCUGGUGGGCCUGCAGCACUGCCGCCGGGCCCGCCCCAAGCCCCUGCCCCUGGCCCAGGAGAUGAUGAGCCCAGCAGAGGCGCUGGGCGUGGAGGACGGGGGCCUGGACAGCUUGCAGCCCACCACCCCGCCGCUGCCACCAGAGGAGAACAGUCAGGCCCUCGGGACAGCCACCCGUGAGCGGAGCCCGUUGCCCGAGGAGAAGGCCUGAGCCGCCCGCCGGGACCCCUGACACAGAAGACCACACAUAGACCAAACCAGGCCUCAGCGUCCCAGAUGGGCCAUGUCCCCGGCCGGCUGCCUGCUGGCAUCAGUGGUGCCACUGCUCUGGCACUGUCCAAACCCAGGGUUCAGGUUGCAGAGCCGGCGACUAAUGGGGACAGCAGGGGGCAGCCUUCCCGUGAGACCCUUGGCCCGUCCCUGUGACUGCAGUGGGUGAGCUGC